GGGGCGGUAAUGCUCCAGUUGUUGUUGGUCAAUAAAACUCCACUGUGGUUCAUGUUCAGCUCUGCGUCAGGGACAAACCUGUGAAUUGGAGCAUUUUUCGGAUUCCAAACUGUCUCUUCCUCAUCGAGCUACAAGAUCCACCAACAGAAUGGGGUUCACAUGCGACCAGUGUGGGAAGGUGUGGCCAAAACCUUCCGACCUGAAAAGACACUACAGAACUCACACAGGAGAGAGACCAUACAGCUGUGACCGAUGUGGGAUGGAAUUUAAAGAGUCUUGUCAUCUCCAUCAACAUAUGACAAUCCACACAGGGGAAAAACCAUACAGCUGUGAUGUUUGUGAGAAGACAUUUUCACAGUCAAGCUCCCUAGUAUCACAUAUGAGAAUGCACACUGGAGAGAUGCCAUAUGAGUGUGACCAGUGUGGGAAGGCAUUUAGACACUCUAGUGCCCUCCAUCAACACAUAAGAGUCCACACAGGAGAGAAACCAUUUGAAUGUGAACAGUGUGGUAAAGUCUUUAGAAAGUCUGGUGCACUCAGUGAACAUAUGAGAAUCCACACAGGAGAAAAACCAUACAAAUGUGAUGUUUGUGAGAAGACAUUUUCACGGUCAGGCACACUGGUAUCACAUAUGAGAGUCCACACUGGAGAGAGGCCAUACGAGUGUGACCAGUGUGGGAAAACUUUCUCUGUAUCAUCCAGUCUCAGUAAACACAAGAGAACUCACUCCUGGUUGAUAGUAUAUGAGUGUGACCAGUGUGAAGAGGCUUUUAGAACAUCCCAGCAGCUCUCCAGUCACUACAGAACACACACAGGAGACAAACCAGACGACUGUGAAGAAAGAGGGGAAGGAUUUCAGGUCUCUCUGCGUCAGGGACAAACCUGUGAAUUGGAGCAUUUUUCGGAUUCCAAACUGUCUCUUCCUCAUCGAGCUACAAGAUCCACCAACAGAAUGGCGUUCACAUGUGACCAGUGUGGGAAGGUGUGGCCAAAACCUUCCGCCCUGAAAAGACACUACAGAACUCACACAGGAGAGAGACCAUACAGCUGUGACCAGUGUGGGAUGGAAUUUAAAGAGUCUUGUCAUCUCUAUCGACAUAUGACAAUCCACACAGGGGAAAAACCAUACAGCUGUGAUGUUUGUGAGAAGACAUUUUCACAGUCAAGCUCCCUAGUAUCACAUAUGAGAAUGCACACUGGAGAGAUGCCAUACGAGUGUGACCAGUGUGGGAAGGUAUUUAGACACUCCAGUGCCCUCCAUCAACACAUGGGAGUCCACACAGGAGAGAAACCAUUUGAAUGUGACCAGUGUGGGAAGAAAUUUAGACAAUCUGGUGCGCUCAAUGAACAUAUGAGAGUCCACACAGGAGAAAAACCGUACAAAUGUGAUGUUUGUGAGAAGGCAUUUUCACGGUCAGGCAAUCUAGAAGCACAUAUGAGAAUCCACACUGGAGAGAAACCAUACGAGUGUGACCAGUGUGGGAAAGCUUUCGCUGUAUCAUCCAAUCUCAAUAAACACAAGAGAACUCACUCCUGGCAGAUACUAUAUGAGUGUGACCAGUGUGAAGAGGCUUUUAGAACAUCCCAGCAGCUCUCCAAUCACUACCGAACACACACAGGAGACAAACCAGACGACUGUGAAGAAAGAGGGGAAGGAUUUCAGGUCUGUGAGGAACCGUCUGAACCAUGUCCAAAUGGUCCAGACUCUCUGCGUCAGGGACAAACCUGUGAAUUGGAGCAUUUUUCUGAUUUCAAACUGUCUCUUCUUCAUCGAGCUACAAGAUCCACCAACAUAAUGGCAUUCACAUGUGACCAGUGUGGGAAGGUGUGGCCAAAACCUUCCGACCUGAAAAGACACUACAGAACUCACACAGGAGAGAGACCAUACAGCUGUGACCAGUGUGGGAUGGAAUUUAAAGAGUCUUGUCAUCUCCAUCGACAUAUGACAAUCCACACAGGGGAAAAACCAUACAGCUGUGAUGUUUGUGAGAAGACAUUUUCACAGUCAAGCACCCUCGUAUCACAUAUGAGAAUCCACACUGGAGAGACGCCAUACGAGUGUGACCAGUGUGGGAAGGUAUUUAGACACUCCAGUGCCCUCCAUCAACACAUGAGAGUCCACACAGGAGAGAAACCAUUUGAAUGUGAACAGUGUGGGAAAGUCUUUAGAAAGUCUGGUGCACUCAUUGAACACAUGAGAAUCCACACAGGGGAAAAACCAUACAAAUGUGAUGUUUGUGAGAAGACUUUUUCACGGUCAGGCACACUGGUAUCACAUAUGAGAGUCCACACUGGAGAGAGGCCAUACGAGUGUGACCAGUGUGGAAAAACUUUCUCUGUAUCAUCUCAUCUCAGUAAACACAAGAGAACUCACUCCUGGUUGAUAGUAUAUGAGUGUGACCAGUGUGAAGAGGCUUUUAGAACAUCCCAGCAGCUCUCCAGUCACUACCGAACACACACAGGAGACAAACCAGACGACUGUGAAGAAAGAGGGGAAGGAUUUCAGGCCUGUGAGGAACCGUCUGAACCAUCUCUGCGUCAGGGACAAACCUGUGAAUUGGAGCAUUUUUCGGAUUCCAAACUGUCUCUUCCUCAUCGAGCUACAAGAUCCACCAACAGAAUGGGGUUCACAUGUGACCAGUGUGGAAAGGUGUGGCCAAAACCUUCUGACCUGAAAAGACACUACAGAACUCACACAGGAGAAAGACCAUACAGCUGUGACCAGUGUGGGAAGGGAUUUAAAGACUCUGGUAACCUCCAUCAACAUAUGAUAAUCCACACGGGGGAAAAAUCAUACAGAUGUGAUGUCUGUGAUAAGGCAUUUUUACGGUCAAGCCACCUAGACGCGCAUAUGACAAUCCACACUGGAGAGAAACCAUUUGAAUGUGAACUGUGUGGGAAGGAAUUCAGACAAUCUGGUGACCUCCAUCAACACAUGGGAGUCCACACAGGAGAGAAACCAUUUGAAUGUGAACAGUGUGGGAAGAAAUUUAGAAAGUUCGGAGCGCUAAAUGAACAUAUGAGAAUCCACACAGGGGAAAAACCAUACAGAUGUCAUGUUUGUGAGAAAACAUUUUCACGGUCGUGCAAUCUAGAAGCACAUAUAAGAGUCCACACUGGAGAGAGGCCAUACGAGUGUGAUCAGUGUGGGAAAGCGUUCGCUGUAUCAUCCAAUCUCAAUAAACACAAGAGAACUCACGCCUGGUUGAUACUAUAUGAGUGUGACCAGUGUGAAGAGGCUUUUAGAACAUCCCAGGAGCUCUCCAGUCACCACCGAACACACACAGGAGACGAACCAGACGACUGUGAAGAAAGAGGGGAAGGAUUUCAGGUCUGUGAGGAACCGUCUGAAACAUGUCCAAAUGUUCCAAACUAAAGAGAAAAGCUGCAGCUCUGACCAGUGUGGGGCGACUCUGAGACAAGCUGCUCAUCUGAAGGUGCACCCUCUUGAACACACUAAAGGAGAAAGAGCUGCUGAGGCUGGAUCAAAUGAGACUAAAGUCAGACUCAGAAAGCUGGAGAUCAGGCUUCAGAAACUCCAGACUGUGGAACUGAGCUCUGUGUUUUGUCAACAAUUAAAAGCUUUAAAUUAUAUGUAAAGAUUUUCUUUUUAUUGGAUUUUAUCUGAAGUUUGUCCAUGUUAUUCUUCAUUAUAUUGUUUUUUACUUUGAGCUUUUAGUCCUGCUUCACUGCACUUUUUAUUCUGUUUUGACCCACAACAGAUGUUUAUUCUUUUCAUGGCUGCUGUGAUGAAAAAAGGGAAAUAAAAUAUUAGAAUUA